AAAUGUCCUGCCACAAUGGAAUCUGAUAGAUGAAAUGUUCUGUUAACCUGCCUAAUCAGCAUGAUGCUAUGACUUGUUUAUGUGUCUCCACCUACUUCACUGCUCUGUAGAAACUGAAGGUAUAAGUGAAGGGAGGAAAGUAUUGGGCUCAAAGCCCUGUGUCACAAAGAGAAGGCACCUGGCAUCAAAAAUGAACUGUCUGAGGAAGGAGAUUGUUUUUUUUCUUUUUUCAGCUAUCCUGUCUCUGGGGUCAACUGAGCAAGGGACAAUCAGAUGGUGUGUGCUGACUGCGGCAGAGCUACAGAAAUGCUUGGAUUUUGCAGGCAACGCAACUGAGAGCAAUAUUCACAAUGGACUCCAAUGUAUCAGGACCUCCUCUGCUUUGGACUGUAUGGAGAAGAUUAAGGAAGGGGAGGCUGAUGCUGUUACUUUGGAUAGAGGGGACAUCUACUCUGCUGGCCGAUGUUAUGGCCUGGUACCUGCUGCUGGAGAAUGCUACAAAAACAAUGAAAGUCUCAUAUAUUAUGCAGUUGCUGUUGCAAACAAAUUACAGGACAUUUCCAUGGAAACCCUGAGCAACAUGAGUUCCUGCCACUCUGGAAUGAAGCGCACUGCUGGCUGGGUAGUACCAGUGGGAUUCCUGGUUAACAGAAACAUCAUAACCGUUCGCAACUGUGACUUUGCUGGAGCUAUUGGUAGUUUAUUUAAACAGAGCUGCAUUCCUGGAAUUAAAGACCUACAAUAUGACCCGCUUGGUACUAAUCCUCAGAACUUGUGUGAGGGCUGCGGUGGUGGUGGCGAUGGGCAAAACAUCUGUGCCAAUUCAUCUUUUGAACGAUACUUUGGGUAUGCAGGGGCAUUCAGGUGUCUGGCUGAAAAUAAAGGAGAUGUAGCCUUCGUCCGACACUCCACAGUGUUUGAAAACAGUGAUGGUACAAACCCAGCACCCUGGGCUAGAGACCUAAAGGCUGCAGACUUCAAGCUGCUCUGUGAGGAUGGAUCAACAGCCCCAGUGUGGCAGUACACCACCUGCAAUCUGGCCACAGUCCCUGCACAUGCUGUCAUGACACAAGUUUCCCGACGCCACCAGGUCUUCAGGUUUCUGGAUAAUGCUCAGAAAAGGUUUGGGGACAAUGCAGGAGGUUUCCAGAUGUUUAAGUCCUCUGAUUAUGGAGAUAAAGACUUGCUGUUCAAUGAUGCCACCACAAGGCUUGUAGCAGUGCAACAGAGCUAUUCCUCCUGGCUGGGCCAAAGCUUUCUGACAGCUCUGCAGGCUUUUGACUGUGAAGGGCCUUGCUACCUGGAACAAUGAUUGACAGAGGGUCAUACCAUCCCAUCUUCUUAACAAAUACUAUUCACUGCAGCAAAUUUAUAUACAGUAUCUAAAUAGUUGAGGAAUGCUGAAAAGAAGAUACACUUUCUAAUAUAAGGAGUAAUAGUAGCACAAAAUGUAUGAGAAAUUGGUUGAAAGGUACUGCAGUGGAACCAUUUGUGUUAUCCUACAACGACCAUUGUGAAAUAUUUUAUUUAAAUCUGUUGCUGGUAAUAUUGACCCCGAAAAUGGUUUUGCUAGUUUUUAUUUAUUAUUUUUAUGGUUAUGCGUGGAUAUUAUAAUGGUAACUUUUCUGUUUUUAUAUUGGUCUGGGCAAAAAUAUGUAAAUAUUUAUAUGAGUCAUAAUUUCAGUUAGUAGCUAUGGUGAAGAGCCACAUAUAAUAAAACAAAAAUGUCAUUCAUGGAAAUACAGCUGAAAUCUUCAAAAUAUGUGUUGACAAAACAUUACUGAAAUGCACAACCGCCUUCCAGCCAUCUCCCUAUUAAUUAUGCAUUUGAUGUUCUCUUAAUGUGUGCAUCCCUAUGAAAGCAAAUACACAUAAGCAAGCCUUAAGGAUUUUUGUAGGAUAAAGGUAAUGCAAGUAACUCCCAAUGCCAAUUCAAUGCUCCCUAACAGUUAAAGCUUUAAGAGAAAGAUAGAAAAUGGAGACAGAGCUUGUUCAACUAACCAGUUACUAAGAACUCAUCCCAAAAUGGUGAGUUUGAAGACAAGUAGGCUUACCCAGUCGGUUGGAGGUGUGUACCGGUUUGUGAUGAGUCAAAUACAUUGCGUUUCUUAUUGGUGUUACUCUGGGUCAGUCACUAAGGGUUCACACUUGGGAUUAGGUUGCGUAUUGUGUGUGUUUGCCUGUUUGGAAAAAAGUAAAGCUUGAUACAUAUUUUAUCCUAAACCUGUAGACCUUAUUGUACGCUAGUGAAAUAUAAUGGAAUAAUGUUUAAGUGAAAAAGUGAAAUGAAUGUUUUAUUUGAUUUUUUUAUGUUUUCUUCUUUGCUAUUCAGUGUAACAGCUUUUUCCUGAUCCUUCAAUAAACUCUUG